AUGGCGAUGGUUACGCUGGUCCCCUACUGGGCAGUGCUCCUUCUCUCUCCCUUGGUGCUUGGGAUCCCCACUGAGGAGCCCACCUCUGGAGAAGCCUCCAGAGGCUGCCAACGGUGCUGUGACUAUGAGGAUGCCCAGGCCCCUGGCGACGAUGCAGAUGUGUCAGCCACCUCUCCAUCUGCCCUCCCAUACAUCCUGCCUGAGGUCAGGCCCUACAUUAACAUUACCAUCCUGAAGGGUGAGAAAGGGGACCGUGGCCCACUGGGCACACCAGGGAAGCUAGGCAAGGAGGGUCCCCGUGGUGACCGCGGUCCACAGGGCACCAAGGGUGCCAAGGGGCAGGUGGGCAGCCCCGGCAACCCAUGCCAGACACGCUUCUCCGCCUUCUCGGUGGGCCGCAAGACCGCCCUUCACAGCAGCGAGGGUUUCCAGCCACUGCUUUUCGACACGGUCUUCGUGAACCCGGAUGGGCACUUCGACCUGGCCUCCAGCCACUUUGCGGCCCCCCUGAGUGGCCUCUACUUCUUUAGCCUCAAUGUGCACAGUUGGAACUUCAAGGAGACGUACGUGCACGUGGUGCACAACGAGGAGGCCGUGGUCAUCCUGUAUGCCCAGCCCAGUGACCGCAGCAUCAUGCAAAGCCAGAGUGUGAUGCUGGCCCUGGGGUCCGGCGACCGCGUCUGGGUGCGCCUCUUCAAGCGUGAGCGGGAAAAUGCCAUCUACAGUGAUGAUGUUGACACCUACAUCACCUUCAGCGGCCACCUCAUCAAGCCCGAUGAGGACUGA